GAGAGUGAGAGGGAGGGGGUUAGGGUGUCCUUACUGCCAGUCUCCCUUUUGCUCUCUCUCUCUCUUUCUCUCUCUUACACACACUUGUGUGUGUAAAUUGGCUCAAAGGCUUCGGUUUUCUGAAUUUUCAUCCAAUUCUCGAUUCUUUCACCUCACAAAUCUUGACAGAAAAUUGGCUCCUUGUGCUGAUCAAUCCUGUUGUUCUUUGCAUUUCCCAAUGGCGUUUGUUCUUCUACUCUGAUGUUAUUUAGAAGCUGCACCAUGAAAUUUGUAACAAAGAAAGGACUGAAAUCCAUCGUGCCACUUCGUUUAAAAGGAAAAUCCGCCACCCGUUUUUGUUUUUUCCCAAAAAUAAAAGCCGAAUAUGGGCCCGGAAACACACCCGUUUAUCUCAAUGUCUAUGACCUCACACCCAUGAAUGGCUAUGCUUAUUGGGCUGGCUUUGGCAUCUUUCACUCCGGUGUAGAAGUUCAUGGAGUGGAAUAUGCAUUUGGAGCUCAUGAUUAUCCGACUAGUGGUGUGUUUGAGGUUGAGCCACGACAAUGCCCGGGGUUUAAAUUUAGGAGGUCGAUAUUAAUCGGGACUACAUGUUUGAACCCAAGCGAGGUUCGAGAGUUCAUGGAGCAUCAUGCUGCAAACUACAAUGGUGACACGUAUCAUCUAAUUGUCAAAAACUGCAACCAUUUUUGCAAUGAUAUUUGCUACAAGUUGACUGGAAAGCAAAUCCCUAAAUGGGUUAAUCGGCUCGCUAAAUUGGGUUCAGCGUUUAGCUGUGUACUACCAGAAGCCCUAAAAGUGUCUACAGUGCAACACGAUCCACGAUGCUUAGCAUACCAGGGUGAGGGUGAGGGUGAGAGUGAGAUGCGAAGGCUAAGAAGCAGUAGUUUUAGUUGCCUAGCAUCGGUUUCAUCAAGGCAGAGACACUUGUCCACAUCUUCUUUGCUUUUGCAGUCGCCUUUGAAAGGGUGCUUGCCACCUUGGGAAUUGAGACGUUCUACCAACAACUCGUGUGCACAAUGACAAUUAGAUUUGGUUUUUUUCUUCUAAAAAAAAGGCGGUUUGAUCGUUAAUUAGUUGUGUAUUUGUAAUCAAACUACCUAUAUAAGUUUUAGGAGAACCAAUGUGUUUAUUGAUUGCACUAGUAGAGAAGAACCAAUGUGCUUAUAUGA